AUGGCAUCAGCGGUCUUUGUUCUAGAUCUGAAAGGCAAGGUCCUCAUUUCUCGAAACUAUCGAGGGGACAUACCAAUGUCUGCAGUUGAGAAAUUUAUGCCUCUUGUGCUGGAAGCUGAAGAGGAACAACAAGCUCCAACGCCUUGCUUUACGCACGAAGGCAUUAACUAUUUGUAUAUCCGGCAUAACAAUCUGUAUUGUAUCCUUUUUAAAAAGGAGGAUAUUCAUAGAUCCUUACGUUACUUUGCGUCCUCAACAAUCAAUCUAUUACAUUUAUUGAAAACAGUGCUCGCUUUGACCAAAAAAAAUUCAAACGCCACCACAAUUCUACUAUUUCUUCACAAAUUAACAGAGGUCUUUACAGAAUAUUUUAAGGAGCUCGAGGAAGAAUCGAUUCGUGAUAAUUUCGUGAUUAUUUAUGAAUUGUUGGAUGAGAUGAUGGAUUUCGGGUAUCCGCAGACUACAGAAACUAAGAUCUUGCAAGAAUACAUAACGCAAGAAUCACAUAAAUUAGAAAUUCAAGUACGUCCACCAAUGGCCGUUACAAACGCAGUAUCAUGGCGUUCAGAAAACAUCAAAUAUCGUAAAAACGAAGUAUUUCUCGAUGUGAUAGAAUCGGUGAAUCUGCUCGUGAAUGCCAACGGGAACGUGUUACGAAGUGAGAUUCUUGGCGUGAUAAAAAUGAAAUGCUAUCUUACCGGGAUGCCGGAAUUACGACUCGGAUUGAAUGAUAAAGUGAUGUUUGAGAGUACAGGUCGUUCGCCGACCAGAGGCAAAGCGAUCGAGAUGGAAGAUGUAAAGUUCCAUCAAUGCGUACGAUUAUCUCGGUUCGAGAAUGAUCGUACCAUUUCGUUCAUUCCUCCCGAUGGUGGAUUUGAGUUGAUGAGUUAUCGGUUGAAUACACAGGUCAAACCUUUAAUCUGGGUGGAAGCCCAAGUAGAAAAUUACACCGGCUCAAGAAUUGAAUACACAAUAAAAGCAAAAGCACAAUUCAAACGACGAUCAACCGCCAAUAACGUCGAGAUUUAUGUUCCAGUGCCUGACGAUGCUGACACGCCGAAGUUCGGGAAUAGUAUUGGUUCGGUACACUAUGCUCCUGAAAAAUCAGCCAUCGUAUGGAAAAUCAAGCAGUUUCAAGGUGGCAAGGAUUUCACGAUGCGGGCUCAUUUUGGGUUACCGUCGCAUUGUUUACUUAUAUCUCGAUUACAUGCAUAUAUAUGUCCAAAAAUAGUCGAAGAUCCUGAGAAGAAACCACCGAUCGGAGUAAAAUUUGAAAUCCCCUAUUUUACCACAUCAGGAAUUCAAGUGCGGUAUCUAAAGAUUGUUGAGAAAAGUGGGUAUCAAGCGUUACCCUGGGUACGAUAUAUUACACAGAAUGGAGAUUAUCAAUUGCGUAUGCCUGAGAGUAUAAAGAACAAUAAAAUGUCAUUUAUCUAA